GCACACAUGUCGUAUCCUAUUGAUUGGCAGAGGACCCUUCAAAGCAACAUGGCGGCCACCGGUGGGAAGUCUGUUUUGUUCGUGUGUUUGGGGAAUAUUUGCAGAUCCCCGAUUGCUGAAGCAGUAUUCCAGAAGAUGGUGACUGAUGCUGGGACUGUGGACAAGUGGAGGAUAGACAGUGCUGCCACCUCCACCUAUGAGAUUGGAAGUCCUCCCGACCACCGCGGGCAGGCCUGCAUGAAGAAGCACGGCGUGCCCAUGAGCCAUAUAGCCCGGCAGGUGACCAAGGAGGACUUCAUGAACUUUGAGUACAUUCUCUGUAUGGACGACAGCAACAUGAGCGAGCUGAAAAGGAAGGCGAAAUCUGUGAGCAACUACAGUGCCAAGAUUGAGCUACUCGGUUCCUAUGACCCCCAGAAACAGCUGAUCAUCAAAGACCCAUAUUAUAUUUUUGAAAGAUGAAGACAAAAAGGGGGAGUGCCUCCGAGAAAUGCGGAAAGAAAGCUGGGAGAUCUUCGACUUUCGACUCGAAAGUUCGAGGAUUCAAGAACACACCAUUAACUCUCCACUUCACUCCCAUCACUAAUGUUUCCUUUUCUCUCCUGCUUGUUAUUUUAGCCCUAUGAAUCCUGCCUGGUUAGGUCAUAUUGGCCCUAUCAUUGGCUUUUGGAUGUAGUUGGAACUAAUUGGUGUCGUCUUGGACCCAUUGCCUUACAAACAAAAUAAAUGUGGUACUAAAAUGUGAAGUAUAAAUAGUUUACAAACUUAUAAUGAGGGCCCAGAGACAUUGAAUGUAUACUUGUCAAACAUCUAAAGGGGGCAAGAGAUCAUUUGUGAUGACCAAUAAGUCAAACUGUAGUGAAAUGCAGUCGUCGGAAGACGCUGAGCUGAUUUCAAUUUCAAUGACAUUGCUUUGUUCUUUGGUCAUGAUAAACAAAAAACUGCAUUGAUUAAGGUCAAUGUAAGAUCAAUUUAGUUUAAGAUUGUUAUCAUAUUCUGAGCCGGGCUAGCUCUCAGUUCUUUCAAAACAAUGUGAAGCUUGCAUAUAUUAAAUUGGUCGCCGUUAAACAUCAUUUCUGCCUCCUUAUCUCGC